ACCCUCAGCAGGUCAGGCUCCUCAAGACCCUCAACAGGUCGGGCUCCUUAAGACCCUCAGCAGGUCAGGCUCCUCCAGACCCUCAACAGGUCAGGCUCCUCCAGACCCUCAACAGUUACCUGACGCAGUACGACUGCGUGACGUUCUACAACCUGACGUCGUCACUGCGCACGACGGAGCGCGCGCUGCAGUCGUCGGGGUGGAUGAUGCUGCCGCCCGCCGAGGCGCUCUUCCUGAACGCCAGGACGCGCGUCUUCGGGGAGACCUCCAGCAGCUGCAAGACCGGCGCUGCUGACGCUGGUCUGCAAGUGGUGCACGGGUCAGAGAUCGUACUGCAGAAAAUUUUCUACCAGACCAUCGGCGUGAAGAUGAACCUCGUACCUCCGCCGCAUCUCUUCGAUCCUAAGGACGCAAAGAAGAAAACAAAAGGAAAAAGAUUUAAUAAGAGAAGAAAAUUUUGUAAUAACCCACAGGCUAAUGUUAAACUGAAGACGCAAGUCCACGCCAGCAAAAAAUGUGACCAGCUUGUGAGGGCUGAAAGUGACUCGGAACCGGCGACUGCUUCACCGAAGAUGCGCGCAGUCUGUGGUCCUGCAGCCUUGGCCACAGGCGACGCAGACUCUGCUGCCACUGGCGACAACAACACCGCUGCUGCAGGCGACAACACUGCUGCCACAGGCGACGGAAACUCUGCUGCCACAGGCGACAACGACUCUGUUGCCACAGGCAACGCAGACUCUGUUGCCACAGGCAACGCAGACCCUGCUGCUACAGGCGACAACAACAAAGCAGACCCUGCUGAUACAGGCGACAACAACACCGCUGCCACAGGCAACGCAGACUCUGUGGCAGCUCAAGCUCAGACUGCUGCUACAUCAGGUGCCGGUGCUGCUUCCCCUGCAGCAAGGCUAGACGAGACGAUCACAUUGACGCAAAUUCAAGAAAAAUACAAAUUUGUGGGCGAGAGCAGCGAUUCUGAGACAGACGAAGAGGAGAGCGAGGAGGACAGAGAAAACAGAAGAGAAAUGAAGCGGAGAAGAAAAGAGGAAAUGAAGAAUCAACACGCUGAGAAGGAACGCAGGCGAAAAUUGUUCACGUCGCCGAUGAUUAUUGUGCAGUCGUUGAGAGUAUGGCAGGCAGAGAGCGCCCCCCACAGGUGCCUGGUGUACCUGCUGGUGUACAAGGGCACCACGGAGGAGCAGCUCUACCUUACCUCCAUCAAGAGGGAGAAGGACGCCUUCGAGUUCCUCAUCAAGGAAAAAGCUACGUUGGUGUUCCCCGAGGACGCUGAGGGUCGCAGCGAGGAGCACCCUGACCUGCAGCGCGACCCUCGCAGCGCCGCAGAGAGGGCAGGGCUCGUCGCUCCCGCCGACACGCGCAGGGGCGGCCUCCAGCAGCAGCAGACUGACCAGGAGUCGCGCGUCAUCGUCGACAUGCGCGAGUUUCGCUGCGAGCUUCCUUCCCUCAUACACAAGCGGGGCAUGGAGAUAGAGCCUGUCACCAUCGAGGUCGGCGACUACAUCCUGAGCCCCGACAUGUGCGUGGAGCGCAAGAGUCUGAGUGACCUCGUGGGCUCCCUGAACAGCGGGCGCCUGUACUCCCAGGCGCUGGCCAUGACCAGGCACUACACCAAGCCGAUGCUGCUUAUUGAGUUUGAUCAGAACAAACCUUUCCAUCUCCAGGCGAGCGUGCUCAGCAACGCGCGUGGCGUGUCGAGCUUCGGGCAGCUGACGCAGGGCGAGCCUGACAACAGGGACGUGGGCGCCAAGCUGCAGCUGCUGACGCUGCACUUCCCCAGACUGCGGCUGCUGUGGUGCUCCUCGCCCUACGCCACCGCAGAGAUGUUCCAGCUCCUCAAGGUUGGUAAGCAGGAGCCUGACGUGGCGACGGCUCAGGCCAUCAAGAGCGACGGUUGCCCUCUCGACACCGUUGAGAAAUACAACCCUGCUAUUUAUGAUUUCAUGUCUAAGCUGCCAGGCGUGACGACGAAGAACAUCGACAGACUACUGAGCAAAGUGGUGGACCUCCCGACGCUGCUCACGCUCAGCCAGGAUGCCAUCAGUGACAUCUUAGGCAACUCUGCUCACGCGGGGCAGCUGCAUGCCGCCCUACACGCCACCCUCAGGAGGGACGACAUCGAGCAGGACGUCAGCAAAGGGCGUGGCGGCAGGGGCAAAACUCGCCGCGGGUUGCCCAAAUUUCACAAAUAAUCUCCGACGCUCUCACCACGUACGCAGCACAGUGCGAGCGUUCAUAUUGUUGAGUGUGAUCUCAUAUUCUAGAGCGCUGUAGUAUUUUCUUGCCUCUAAGCAGGUGUCAUUUUUGUUUCGAAUAAUAUUUUUACAAAAUUUU